AGCAGCAUGAAGCGAGAUCUGCCAUUUCUGUUGUGAGAAGACAUCACUGUUAACUUCUCACUGGUGUUCUGCAUGUUUUUCCUCUUCAUGGUUUGAAUGUGCAGUUGUGGUUGCAGUUGUUAGAAGUCAUGGUCCAAGCCAAGACGUGGGUCCUGUCCAAACACUUCGAUGGCUUCCCGAAGGACAGCGACUUCCAGCUGAAGACGGAGGAGCUGCCCGAGCCCAAGGAUGGAGAGGUGCUUCUGGAGGCCGUGUUUCUCAGCGUCGACCCGUACAUGAGGCCGUUCAGUCGGGUUCGCAUGAAGGAGGGCGAGGUGAUGAUUGGAACUCAAGUGGCCAAAGUGAUCCAGAGUAAAAACCCAGCGUUUCCCGUGGGGAGCCAUGUGGUCGGGCGCUGCGGCUGGAGAACCCACACGCUCAGCGACGGCACGGGCCUCGUUCCCAUCAUGGCCGAGUGGCCUCAGGACGUCUCAUUGUCUCUGGCUCUGGGGACCAUCGGCAUGCCAGGGCUCACAGCGCUGUAUGGCAUCGAGGAGGUGUUGGGACUCCAGAAAGGCGAGACGCUGCUGGUGAACGCUGCAGCCGGUGCCGUGGGCUCCGUGGUGGGCCAGAUCGCCAAGAUCAAGGGCUGCAAGGUGGUGGGCUCGACUGGCUCCGACGCCAAGGUGGCCUUCCUCAAAGAGCUGGGCUUCGACGAGGCCUUCAACUACAAGACCGUCGGCUCCCUGGAGGAGGCGCUGAAGAAAGCGGCUCCGGAGGGUUAUGACUGCAUGUUUGAAAACGUGGGAGGCUCCUUUUCAAACGUGGCCCUGCACCAGAUGAAGAACUUCGGAAGGAUCGCAGUGUGUGGGAGUAUUUCUAUGUACAAUGACUCCACACCUCAGGAGGGUCCGUACCCACAUCUCACCAUGAUCUUCAAGCAGAUAAAGAUGGAGGGCUUCAUGCAGUCCAGGUGGGAGCACAAAAACCCAGAAUCCCUCAAGAGGCUGGUGGGAUGGUUGAAGGAGGGCAAAAUUCAGAGUCGGGAGCACGUGACAAAGGGCUUUGAGAAGAUGCCAGCUGCUUUCAUGGGGAUGCUGCAGGGAGACAACAUCGGAAAGGCCGUCAUCGCAGUCUGAACACGGGGUCGAGGACAGCAUCAGCAACAAUAACUAUCAUAUACAUUUAUACAUGAAGGAUGAGCAAUACACAGGCACAAGGAGCAAGAGGCUGACCCAUCAGAUGAAGCUGAUAAUAGAGUUUCUGCUAUUAAUAAAUCAGCUGAUACAUACAGGAUGAGAGAAGAAAACAUUGGGCUUGAUACAUUUACAGUUUAAACAUAAACAAAAUUUAUCUGCAAAUGUAAAAUGCAGAUUUGUCUUAAAGACUCAUAUCACUUGAUAUUGAUCCUUUUUUUAAAUUGUAGUUGCAUUUACUUCUAGUUUAUUCGUUUUAAAGGUUUUCACAGCGGACAACGAUCCCCAUGUUUGAGUGAAUGUAAGUAGGGAGAGACACAGGAUGGUUCUUCCUAGAUGCUCGGUGUUGGUCUGCUGCUAAAACAAUCACUUACUGUUACAUAAUCAACCAGGUGCUUUCUAUUAAAUAAGCAGUUAUUAAGGCAAUAAACUUUUUUUGAAUUCUC